AUGGAGCAGUAUACACAGUGGCUUCGUAGUUUUAUGUUACGUAGGAAUGAGUUAUCUUUACGAAAUCCAGAAGCUAAUCCAGUGCUUUUACUUCUUGACAACCACGAGAACCAUGUUUCAAUUGUGUGUUUAGAUUUAGUUAAAGAAAAUAGCCAAACUAUGCUGUCCUUUCCACCACAUUGUAGUCACAAGUUGCAGCCAUUAGAUUGGUCAGUUUAUUGGCCACUAAAACGUUAUUACAAUGCAGCCUGUGAUAAUUGGAUUGUAUCUAAUCCAAGACCAAUGACCAUAUAUGGUACAGCUUCAAAAUAA